AUGCUUCGACUGCAAAGCAAGCGAGGGAGAAAACCCAUCGAUGUUGCAAAGGAAAGUUGUUUGAAAAAUUUGUCCACAUCCGAUUUUUCUGUUAAACUGGUGGAUUCUGAAAUUGGCAAAGGUCUUUUCGCUGAAAAAUCAUUCUGUCAGGGCGACUUUUUGUUAGAGUAUAAAGACAAAAGACUAGAUGAAGAUGACGGUCUAGCGACAGAGAGCAUUUUCACUUAUUUUUUUCAACACUCAUCCAAAAUAUUCUGCAUUGAUGCCCAAGAAACUGACUGUAUAUGCAAAUAUGCAAAUGAUGAUUGGAACAAUCCGAACGCAACAAUGAAGAAAAUAGUAGUGGAAGAUGUCCCUCACCUUUGCUUAUUUGCUCGUCGAGACAUCAACGUAGGAGACGAAAUCCGAUACGACUACAAUUACCCAAACGCACCUUGGCGUAAAAUAAAGUGGUCUAUCGGCCAGAGUUCUGCAGAAGAUGCAGAAAGUACAGAAGAUAUUAACAAUGUCGGUGUCGGGGAAAUAGAUUUAUUUUUGACUGAAGAAUUUGGAGAUUUGUUGGCACCGCCUAAUACAGAAAACAGCGACACCGGAAUAAACAAUAUUUUAUAUCAAAAUCAAUCAGAUAACAAUACAAACGAAGAAUUUGAAAAUGCAAUCGAUUUAUUUUUUCCUCGAGAAGUAGGAGAUAUCACAUCCGAUGGGUUGAUGCCACAUAGUAUAGGUGAUUCUCCCGCGAGAUGGCCGACCCUUCAAAACUUAGCAGACGGAAAUGCUGAAAGUGACUCCGCGGUUGCUGUGACAGGAGAUGAGUCUACAGACUAUGUCCCAGCAUCUUCAGAGUCACUUUCAAUAAGCGAUUUGAGUGAUUCUAAAGAAAACCAUACAAAUAACAAAGACGAUAACGGUUGUAAAUCGAAGCCAAAAAAGCUUUUGAAUAAAGAAAUGCAAUCCAAAAAGGAAACAAACAGAAAAAAGAGAAUUCCACGGCCUUGCUUAUUCUGCGGGAAAUUUAUUGUCAAACUUAAAAGACAUUUGUCCACUAUACAUAAAGAGGAGCCGACAAUAUGCAAAAUAUUUUCGCUCCCCUUUGCAAAAAGGCAGCAAGAAUUUGAUAUAAUAAGAAAAAAGGGAAUCUUCCAAUAUAACAUGCAAAUGUUAAAGGACCGUAAACCGUUAAUAGCGGAAAGACACCAAGGCCGUGGCAGUAUGAAAAUUUGCACCAACUGUUCCGGCUUCUUCCAAAGAAAAACAUUUCACAGACAUCAUCAGUUGUGUCGAAGCAAAUUUGGUAGUCCUGCUUCUGCGACGGGUUUGUGCGUCGAAUCCAUGGUUUGUCAUGGUGAUGAAGCAUUUGCUGACUUGCUCACACGAUUUCAAAAUGACGAAAAGGGAAAUUUAUGUAGACAGGAUGAGUUAAUAAAGACUGUCGGCCGAAGCCAAUUUCAGAAACACCGAAAGAAAACUGAAAAGAAAUCAGAAUCGAGGAAGGCCGUAAUGGCGAAUAUGAGAUUGUUGGCAUCCCUUUUUGUCGAAUUCAAAUCGUGUGCAACAAAACAAAAUGUAAAUGUAUCGUCGGAGAAUAUGCUUCGACGCGAGUAUUUCAUGAUUUUAGAAGAAGCCAUACAAAAUAUUGCAACACACGAGGAUGGUGCAUUAAAAUCGGGGUUAAUGGUCAAUAUUGGAAAUUUACUCAAAAUGGCCGCCAAAGUAAUGAAAGGAACCCACCUCAUGAAUUUGAAUGACGAAAAAGCGGAACAAAUAGAAAAGUUCGAAGCUGUUUUACAAUUAAGAUGGAUACGAAAUUUUGGCGAUGCCGAAUACCAGGUUGUAAAAAAUAGACAAUCUAAACUAAGAUUGCCAAGUGAGCUACCUAUUGAAAACGACGUGACACAGAUUCGAAAGUACACCCUUGAAACGAUGCAGCGAGAAGUCAGUGAUGAUUUGUCAUUGUGGGGCCCCGAAAAAUUCAUAGUUGUCCGUAAUUUGGUUAUCUCCCGUUUAACGCUUUUUAAUGCUAGGCGAGGAGGCGAGCCAAGUAGGUUGUUGGUGAGGCACUGGGAAGAGGCAAAAAGGGAACAAUGGAUCGAUAAGCAACGUCGUUCAAAAGCAAUUUCGCCGAUGGACAAGUUUCUUAUGGAUAAUUUUAAAGUAAUAUAUCACGGUGGGAAAGGCAUUUCUCAUCUAGUCCCAGCACUUGUGCCGCCUGACUGUGUCGAAGCAUUAGACGCGCUUUCAGAUCCAGAGAUACGGCAGCUAUGCGAUAUAAACAAUAAAAAUGAAUUCCUGUUUCCCAGUACACGCCAUUCUAUGGAUCAUGCCAGCGGCUGGCACUGUACAAAGGAUGUCGCUACUGCUGCGGGAAUAAAAACCAAUAUUACAGCUACACAAAUGCGGCACAGAGCAGCAACUUUGUAUGCCGAACUCGAUGUACCCGAAAAUUUCAGGGAUGCUUUUUUUCGUCACAUGGGACACUCCAAAGAAAUAAACAAAAACGUUUAUCAAUGUCCACUGGCAGUACAAGAAAUAACACAAGUCGGAUCAUACUUGGCUAAUAUAGAUGGAUUUUCACUUCCCCAAGGUAAUCUUCAUAAUAUUGCACCAACACCUUCUGAAAAACAUAGUAUCUCUUCGUUCGAAGAAGGUGAAGAAGAAUUCAGGGAAAGAGAAACUUCAAUUUCUACGCAGUUGCAAAAUACUACUCAAUCAUCAUCCGGUACGUCCCUAUGUGAUGAAGAAAUUAUAGGAAAAAAACGAGUAAGAAGAUAUACAAGAUGGUCGCCUUCUGCCACGUCCAGUCUUUUGACCUUUUUCAAAUCCUAUAUCGAAGACACCUCAUCUACAGGGUGCAAGGGCACUUUACCAGGCCGGAAGAUAAUAAAAGAAUUUCUAGAAAAGCAUCAUGAUAUUCUCGAAGGUCUAUGCGAAAAAGAAAAAGUUUGUGCAACACACACAAAAGUCUUUAACGAACGAAAUAAAUUUAGACGAAAGUAUGAUGCCAGCUUAAAAGCUUUGACCGAAUGAGCCUAUUAAGUUGACUUGCAGUUUCUUUUUAAUUAAUGGUCGCGGUACCGAACCUGAUUCUUUUAUUUAAUACUUUUAUCAGCGAAUGUGUCAGCGUUACAUAUUCAUUGUGUCCAUGUUUUUUUUUACUGUAGGGUAUAGUUGACUGUAUACUGUUUAGAGUUUUGUUUUACAAUUAUAGGUUACACUAAACUUAGUCGAAUAAUUGGACAUUUUAAAUAUCAAUAUGCUCCCAGAAUUAACUCAAUGUCACAAUUAUAGAGGUCAGAUGGGUGAUUUAUGAUAUAUUUUGGUGUCGUUUCUCAAUCUAAUUUUAAAAUUUCGUUUUUAAUUAUGCCGCACUCAUGUUGUCAAAUAGGUGGACAUUUUGAAAAUAUUUUGUGCAAUGUUUUUCAAUGGGAGCGGUGUUCCAAAUUUCAUUUUUCAAUUGCGUGUAACACUUAAAAGGCCGUAUACGUAUUUAUUCUGAUUCUCAAAAUGCUUGGCAUUCCAUAUUUUUUUUAUUAUUUGGGUAGUGAAUUAAGUGGUCAGAAAUGUGAACAUUUAAGAAAUAUUUCUCAAUAAUAUUAGAGAAUUUCAGA